UUUGCGACAAACGUCAAACUUACCUACCCUUUGUGACAUUCUCCCCCACUUCAUUGCACCACCACCACCACCAAACCCCCAUCCACCCCUCCAAAAAUGGCGCCCGCCAAAACUCAGGAACCAGUCAUCACCAAAAUAUCAGAGCUGCCCGUCUCCGAGGCUCGCUGGGUGACUCUCAAGCGCGUGGAGUACACCGACCAGGUAGGGCAGGCGCGGACGUGGGAGGUGGCGACGCGGAAGACACGGGGCAAGGCCGGCGUCGACGCCGUCGCCAUGGGCAACAUCCUGCUGCACCCGUCGCGGCCGGCCUCGACCUUGCUCGUCAUCCAGUACCGCCCCCCCUUGGACGCCUACACCAUCGAGUGGCCCGCGGGUCUCGUCGACGCCGACGAGACGGCCGAGCAGGCCGCCGUGCGCGAGUUCAAGGAGGAGACGGGCUACGACUGUCGCGUGCUGAGCAUCAGCCCCGUCCAGUCCGCCGACCCGGGAAUGAGCGACGCCAACAUGCAGCUCGUCAUGGUGGAGGUGCAGCUGCAGGAAGGGGAUGAGGAACCGGAGCAACGACUAGAGGACGGCGAGCACAUCGAGCGCGUUGUCGUUCCGCUUAGUGAACUAUAUGAUCGCUUGCUGGAGUACUCUAAAGCCGAGCGCACUGUCGUGGCUGCAAAGUUAUUUCACUUUGCUGCCGGUAUGCAAUUCGCGCAGACACAGAAAUACUUUUAGUGCUGCUUUUAGCACUGCCUAGUCUGAAAGGGGGAUUUCUAUUAAAAGUCAUUGCCUUUCAGUGCUGCCUGGCUUGAAAGCCACUGCCACUGCCACCGUCGCUGUCAAACUUGGCGCUUAGGUAUGGAGCUCUCAGCUUACCCAGUGCUAGGUUCUUAGUAGGCAUCUAAAUUACCAACAUAAGAUCGCCGGGCGGGAUAGCCCAGGCAUCUACAGGUACAUACCUUAGUUGCAUAGCUACUACUAUACACUACAUAGUAUGCAGCUGGUGGAGCUAAUCGAAAGUUGCAUGAUGCAUCGAUCUACCCUACUAUUUUUAACCAGUUAGCAAAGACUUUGGGAAAACGUGCCAAGCCAAGCCAUACUGUACCACACCGUAAUCCACAUUCAAUAUUGUGUCCUCCAUGCCAUUGUUAGUUCAUUAAUACCAAUACCUAC